AGCCAUGAUUUUGGCUCAGACCUUAAACUUGGAGUUCAACCGUACUCUGCUCCGCAGAGACUCUGCAGCAUUUUUUAUCAAUGCUGUGGCCUUUGGCAAUCUUCUAUUUGAGCGUUUUUGCGUUCGGCGACAACUGCGUUGAGGAAUUCAAAGCAGAGUCGCGCAGCUUACUGCAGCGGAAUCGACCGAAGACCAAGCUGGACCAGCUCAUGGAGACCAUGAAGAUGAUGAAGGACGAGGUCGACAAGAUCAAGGAGGAGAUGGAUCAAACCAAGGGGCUGGGCCCAGUCUCGCCCAAUCAGACCGCCUUGUUCCAAGGGUGCUCUGCCAAGAAGGGGGAGACAUCCUCAGCGAAGUUUCAAUUCGGUCAUUCUCCAGAUGGUCCGGUCUUGGCCACGCUGAAUGUCAGCCAAGCUUCAUGCACAGCUAACGAAGUGCCUCUGAAGCAUUUCUCACGCAGUUCCUACAAUGAGGUUUGUUGUCCAGAAGGAAGUGUGCAAUGUGCUGGAUGUGCACAGUAUGGUGCAACGACGUGUAGCACUUGCGCUGGUGGCUUCAUGCAACGUGGAGGCAAAUGCACUGCCUGUGCAGACACAGUUGGCUGGGUGAAUCGUGCAGGACUGACUUGUGCACAGCUCACUUCCUCUGAUUGCAACAGCGUGAAGGUGAAAGGUCUAAGCAGCAAUGAGGCUUGUUGCAAAUGCAACGGUGGCACCGUCACGGCAACGCCUUUUGCUUACGACCUGAAGCACUGGGCCUUGGGUGAACAGGUUUCCAUGAAGCCAAGACCCCGCACAGCUGAAAGCUAUUCAUUGAAUGAGGGUUGUGAGCUCGCGGAGUACAACUUGACGAUGGAUGGAUCCACCGGCGAGAUCACGUCGGUUGGCAGUGCUGCAGAGCCCUUCAGCGUGGAGUGCACUGUCACCGCACAUCAAGCUCAUGGUGUGACCUUUGACGCAGUUGUCAAGGUGUCAAUGGAUUGGUUUGCUUACGGUGUCCCUUUGCUCUUAUUCCAGACAUCGCCCUCUGUCUUCGUUGCCUCCAAAGCUGCAGGCAGUUGGAAGGACUUCGCCGUGAAAUGCGCACCCCAAACAGGCUGGCUUUCCGUGGAUGCAUCCCUAGGCACCUUGACAGGUGGUCCUAGUCAAGCUUGGAAGGGGGGUGUGAGCGAUGGCAGCAUGGCCGGACAGAAGGGUGGCAUUUGCCGGGUUUCGGCGUUGCACCAAGCAGCAAGUGCAAGCAAAUGGGAAAGGCGAGAAGCCAAAGUUGUUGCCAUUUGGCCACAGCCUUGGACGACAUUGAAUUAUGGGACAAGCAGUGUGUCAGCAACACUUGGGGAUCAGUUGCCAGUCCUGAAGCUCAUCCCUCAGUCUGAUGCGCUCUUGAAGCCUUCGGAUUUCUUCGUGGCUUGUGACACAACACCGAGCAACUUGGGGUGGUCCUUUGAUUCUUUGCUGGGGACUGGCCUGCUUGAAGGCUACUCCGUGUUGGAAGUUGCUGAAGAUGGUAGCAUCUCAAUUUCGGUCAGCCGGGAGAUGUCCGCGAUUUUUGAUACCAUGGCCAGUAGCGGUGCGACGCGCAAGCAAGUGACCUUAAACUGUGCGGUGUGGGGGAUGUUUCCAGAUGAUUCCUUGACACCGAUCAAGGCGAACUUGGCGAUCCAGAUCUGGGACGACAUUUGUUGGGUCUCAAAGAGCUUGAAGAGUUUCUCCGAGACCGACACUUCAGCCACCUCAGAGGCCGCCUGUCGUGCGAAUUGUCGUCGAGAUGCCAAGUGUCCCAGUUAUUCGUGGGCGGGCACAUGCCGCCGUCACAUGAACCAUCCGAGUUUGGGAGCUACCACAGUGGUUUGGGCGAAGGUCACGAAUUGUACCAGUGAGUUUGCUUGCAAGGAUGUCUCUACCGGCAGCUGGUAUCAGUCGGGCCUCUACUGCCCAGUAGCGCCCGACGUUUUCCGGCAGGACAUUCUCUAUUUGAAGACGGGCGCCACCCCCGAAGAGACCUUGUACUUGUCGAAGUUUGUGUCAAGCAUCGACGGUUCAGUGAAUGGGUGCACCACAGGGAAUUGGAUCAUUCGCCAAGCUGCUCCAGAAAAGGAUUAUAUCAAGAUGGAGACUGGUGAAGUGGAACUGGCCGGGCCAUUUGUGCGGUGCCUUUCGACCAAUUUCGAUUUUGGUGUGGCGAACUGCCCCCAGCCCAACAUCACUGUCCCAGAUGAAGGUUUUGCACCGAUGGUGGUGGAUGAUCCUUACACCGUUGAACCUGCAGACUAUUGGUUACAUCCUUGUGAAUGUGCUCCGGCAGCUUGGGGAAUGGAGAAACCGGUGAAUCCGGAGUCUUUUGAAUCCGUUCCUGGAAAAAGUCUGAACAGCUUCAUCCCACCGGCCUUUGAGCUUGUCAGUGGCCAAUUUGUUUGCCCGGCUAAGGAGCUCGUCGAUAACGGCGUGCACUUUGAGACAGAGACAGAGGCCAUGGAGCGUUCAGAUUGUGAGGCUCGUUGCAAAGCUCAGAAUCUUUGCAACUUCUUCUGGCAUGGCUCACAACAGGGUGCAAACACUUGUCGGCUCUACAGUGCAUGCUCUCGUUUGGUGCGCGAGUUGGGUUUGGAAGGACGCUUGGAGGCACUACCUCGAAGCAUCAGCUGUCAAGUUGCAGACCCUGACGCAUGUUGGUCCACCAGUUUGCGACGCAGCUCCUUGACAACGCCUGAACCACAGGCCUUUCUGUAUUGGGAGUUGCACCAACAAUGUGACGAAGCAUUGCUACUGGGUGGUGUUGGUGUGGACACCUGCGCGCGACCCACCUAUAGAGCCCUGAACUCUCACCAGUGGCAGCACAAAAGCCGUUUGCCCGAGACUUUUUUGCAUGGAACUCGGCUGAAGGUCUCCUGCUGGACUGAGCGCUAUGCUGGCCUUCAAGGAAGCAGCAGUGCUCAAGAGAUGUCAAUCUAUUGCGUGAAUGGUUUGUGGUUCAAUGCGAACAACGAAGCGGAGUUGGGUUCCUUCUCAUGUGAGGCCUGUGUGCAAGUGGGGGCGAGUGGGUUCAAGGAGAUUGAGGCACGCAAUGAGCAGGAGAUUUGGUACAUGAACCGCAUGAAGCUGUCUAUCGCCACGGAAGUGGUUGACAAUACACAAUCAAAAGUACAUUGCCUGCGCUUUGGUAGUGGUAACCAGGACUUGAAGAUGGCUUUGCAGGAUGCUUGCAGUGCGACUCUUCUUGCUGAGUUCGACAGCAUUACCAGUAGCGACUCGCGCCAUGUCAAGCUGCUAGAAGGCAACAACCAGUGUCUGGAGGAGGCCAUGUUGGGAGACCUGCCGAUUGGUGUGCAUAGCCUGUGCUCACCAACUGUCACUGCCCAGCAGAUUCCGAUGGAUGAUUUGCCCGCCAUGCUGUGGAGGAUUCAUUCAAAGGACCACGAAGAAGCUGGCCAUCGCCUAAGAAAGUCCGUGAUUGACUGUUGGGGUAGAGGUGCUAUUGGCAAGGUGGACAUGAUGCAUCUAUUCAACACAAACCGGGCCCAAACAGCAAGCUACAUGGGGCGGGUGUUGGUGCCCAUUCCUGAUGGCAUGUCUGCUUGGGGCAACAAUGCCUGGCAACAGUUGUCGCUACAUGCGUUUGGGUGGCGCAAGUUCGACUUCCCUUCUGCCACCGAGAUUCGCAUGUGCGUCACCUACACGGACUCCACGAACGACCAAACGGGCCAUUUGCAGCUUCGCUUGAGAAAGUACUCUGACGCAAAUGCGAUACUCUUCAGGGAUUCCUUCGGAAUCACUUGGUCCCAUAGCGGAUUGUACCAUCACUCUUGUGGACCUUGGCACGACCUUGCCGCAGUGUACUGUGGGUAUUCCUGGAGUGAUACUUGUGUGAUUGAUUGGCAUCAUUCUACUCAUACUGUGAUCAAGUCGCUGGAGUUGGAGUUUGGCAGCAGUGAUCCCAAUCAGGCCAGGUUCUUUCGGGGCCGCUUGGAUGCACCUGUGACUUACGAGGGCACACCAAGCGCCAAUACUUGGUUCAAGAUUGGACAUUCAUUUGGCCUAGCAAAGUGGCUCUAUGACGCAAAGUUCAUCAGGGCUUGCGUGGUUUUCACUGACUCUACAGCUGGUGGAACGUUGAAAGCGCGUUUGACUCAGCCCUGGACCGGCAAAGUCUAUUUCGAGGAGAAUCUGGGCGGAACCUGGUCGGCCAGUGGGCUGGUCCAUUCUUCCUGUGGCUCGUGGCAUUCGAUCAGCAACGUUGAUUGCGGAUAUAGUUGGGUUGAUACCUGUGAGUUUCACGUAAUGAUGACUGAAGUCGCCCGCGUGCAAGUCUUUGAAGUGGAUUUUGAAUUAAAGAGUGACCUUGUGUCCACGCCAAGUGCAUAUUUGGGCAGGACGAAGUUGGCCAUCUCCAGUUAUGCCACCUCGGGCACCAAUUCUUGGUAUGCGAUCAGUCAAGCUGGCACUGGCCUCUUCAUCAACACAGCGGACUACCCCACUGCUUCAGAUUUCAGAGCUUGUGCGCUUUUCACCGAUGACUCAACGGGCAAAGGAACAGCCAAGUUUCGACUCAGGCGCACAGACCACGCAGGUGGCACGAUCUUCUUCGAGGACGAUCUUGGACAUACGUAUUCUGCUAUGGGCCUUUACCACAUGACAUGUGGUGCCUGGCGUCCAGUUAGCAGUAUUUCGUGCGGUAGUAGUUGGGGCAACACUUGCCAAAUGGAUGCUAUGCAUACUGAAGGCGUGUCGCUCUACGUUUACUCUUUCUUCCUCGAAUACCGUGCAAGCCUCGCUCGAGAUGUUUGCCGCUUCGCCCCAGUCAUCAACCGAGUGGCAGACAACACCGUCGCGCUUUUCAAGAUUGGCGCUUGGAGUGACUGGCAGUAUCGACUGUCAGAUGCCCCAGUAUAUUGCCCGGAAGGAAGGAUCCUCACGGAUUUGAAUGCAUCAAGCGAGCAUUUGUUCUAUGCCUGUGGUGCAGUCGCCGGGUUAGGAAGUUGCACUGAAGGAUUUACCAGCCAAGCGGACGUAAAGGAUUGGACCUCCUAUGCAACUCUGGGCUCACUUUCAGUGGUGUGUCCUCAGGACGCUUUGCUCAAUGGCUUCCAUUUCGAGUUCUCUGAGGGAGGAAAGUGGAUCCGUUUCCGCUAUACCUGUUGUCAUGCUUCUGGGGCUCCUACAGCAAUAGUGCCAGUAGCCCCAAUGGCUGCACCAGAUGUGGAAGGCCUUUAUUGUCCAGUGGGCAAAGAUGCUUCAGGUCGCGCUAUUUACGAGCAGAGCUUUGAGAGUGCUAGCCAGCUAACAGUUUCCACUGCAUGGGCAUGUGACUGUGCUCAAUGUAUGAAUGGCAAAGUGUCCAUCGACGUUGGGCGAUUUGGAACGGUUGCAGCAGGCAAUGUUUACGAACUUACAGGAUGGGCCUCAGCUUGCAGGCUCUAUUGUGACGGAGUUGAAGUGGCCUAUUUGAGCACGUGGGAACAUGCGACAGGCUACAGCAGAUCUUUCCCAUCACAGUGUAUCGGGGCUGUUUCGGUUGAAAUACAUGGAGGUGGACAUUGCGGUGGUUGCCGAGUUGGAGGCACUGGGCUUUUCAUCAAACCUUGGCCGAAGCAACCCUCCUUCCUUGCCGUCGAUGCCGUCAAUACACCUCUCGUUCCCAAGAGGCUGCAGUUUUCAGCAGAUCAAGGCAAGUGGUGCAUUGAUAGUAGUUGCACGGCCGUGGAUGGCCGAGUGGAACCCAUCGGUGUUUCCUCGAGCUCCUUCGACGUGGUGGCCGUCUCCGAUUUCGAUGGUCAAUUUGAGGGGAAAGGCGUUCCAAAAAUUGGAGGAGGCCAAGCAGCGGCGCUGAAGGCACGUUUGAGGGGCAUCAAGACACCGAAGAGGCCCAAGGCGCCGAAGGUGCCGAAGCUGGAGACGUUCACACCAGAGGAGCCCUCCUAUGCCGCGGAAUGUAUGGACUACACCCAGCUUUGGGCCAGUAUACAGGAAAGCUACAAAGAUGCCACUGGCACUGUGACGCCUCAUAUGAACCAAUUGAAAGCUGAGCCGGUCUAUGACCUUCCGGAAACAAAUCCCUGCGAAGUUGCAGGGGCUGUGUCCGGAACUCGUGGAAAGAUCGGAGGUGGAGAUGGCCGCGCAACGCCUGAGAAGAUGCCAUACACAGAGCUUGACGGCUGCUCUGCACGUGUCAUUACCCGCGAAUUGGAAGCUGCCAAGCGAGAGCGCGAUGCGGCUGUCUUUGAGACCGUGACCAACGUGGCAGACGAAUCGAUGGAUCUUGUUUGUGACUCUCCACCAAACAUUGAAACUGCACCCAUGGGCAUGGGUGCUGAAUUUCAGGCGGAGGACUGGUGCAGUGAUGGCUUCAAGCUGGCGCACGCCAUGAUGCUCAUGGCUACGUAUCACGGCGGAAUUGGAUUGGCAAAUAGUAUCUACAACGUUGAGGUUGAAGACAAUGCUGACUGCGAUCCCAUCCAGGCAGGCUUGGAUCGACUCUUUUGUGAUGUCCACUGUGUGCGAGAUGCAGUCGUGCGGGGUGACCGAGCCAUCCUUCGGAAUCUCAAGUCUGCGACAGAGGUGACCAACAACAACAUGAAGAAGAUGGUUGAAUGGUCUGUGGCAGCCAAUCAGGCUGAGACGGGCUGGCUGGCUGCCAAGAUGGACACCAUUGAGGAUCGCUUGAGCAUUCGCAUCCAGAUGGUGCAAGAUGCUCUGAACACGGCAAACACCGCCGCUUUGCAAGAAGCGAAAGAGGUGAGCUCCUCAUUGCUCUCAGAGCUGGCAGGUUUUGCUGAAACGGUCUCGUUCCGCAGCGCGAUGGCCCGUCACACGGCCGGAGAUGCGCUGGAGCAUUUCGUGAAGUUUGGGCAGAGAUUGGAGGGGCCGGUCAACACAACGACCGCUUCAAUGGCCUUGCAAGAGCUGCAGGUCUUGCACGCUAAGAUGAAAAGUUCUGUCGGUUCGUUGGGCUCUUCAAAGAUGCAAAGUUUGGGCGCUCAGUUUCAGCGGGAAGCUUCGAACCUACAAGUCUUGGCCAAGCAACAACUGGAAACUCUAGGCAUCUACAAGGAGCAUGGCAAUGUGACAAGCACUAUCGUCCGUACUUGGCAGCAGGCAGCUCACACCCAAGAACGGCGCAUGGCUUUGGUCACGGUGGACCGGAUUUGGUGGGAGCUGAGAGGAAAGUUGGACGGUUAUUUGGAGGCCGCUGAGCUCCAGGUGAAUGCUUUCAUGGAUUCUUUGAGUACCAUUGCGUCCUAUGAACAUUGUUCCGCUUCUCUUGGAGACGUGCAAAAGAGCUAUGCUAAGAGCUUGGCGGCGAGAGAUGUGGGCCACGCCGCGCUAAGAAGCACGUGGCGUGAAAGCGUGAAUUCUUUGGGCGAGCUGGCUGCGGUGAUUGCUGACACAGACAUCUUCAAUAUCUUUGUCCAAGAGGAAGGAUGCAAUUCCACGUUGGCCAAGCAAACGCUCAAGCAGGCACGCUUUGCAGUCAAGGCCUUGGGCCUGCUUGCUCACCGUUUUGAAGUGGGCGGCUUGCCAAAGCCCGACGGCAACAUUCUGCUCCAAGCAGUGCAGAGAAUCCGAGCAAGCUACACUGCAGCGCGAGCAAGCUACAGCUGCCCCACAGCUGGUGGCGGACCAGCUGGUGCUUGAGCCCCAGCCUCAGAGCAUCUGAGAGAGAGU